UUUUGACGAGUUUGACAGAGGUUUGUUUUGUUUUGCUCUCCGCUCCAAAAUAAUCAGAUUUUGAAUCGUUUUGAGUGUUGGUCAACAAGUUUUCAUUAGAAUCUAGGCGAUUUUUGCAGAAAAUAAGCCAAUAAAAUGUCUGAACGUAAAGUUUUAAACAAAUAUUACCCGCCGGAUUUCGAUCCGUCCAAGAUCCCGCGGGUCAAGCUACCGAAGAAUCGCCAGUACACGGUCCGGCUGAUGGCACCGUUCAACAUGCGGUGCGUAACGUGCGGCGAGUACAUCUACAAGGGCAAAAAGUUCAACGCCCGCAAGGAGGACGUCGAGAACGAGGACUACCUCGGCAUCCGGAUCUACCGGUUCUACAUCAAGUGUACGCGCUGCUUGCAGGAGAUUUCCUUCAAAACGGACCCGCGCAACACCGACUACGAGAUCGAAGCCGGCGCGACUCGCAACUUUAUGGCGCUGAAGCUGGCGGAGGAGCAGGCCCGACGGGAGGAGGAGGAAGCCCGCGAGGAGGAGGCCACCAACCCGAUGAAGCUGCUGGAGAACCGGACGCAGCAGUCGCGGAACGAGAUCGAGCUGCUGGAGUCGCUGGAGGAGCUGCGGGAUUUGAACCGGCGCCAGCAGGACGUGGACUAUGACACCAUGCUGCAGCAGUACGAUCCGAGCGAGUCGAUUCGGGAGCGGGAGGAGCGGCUGGAGAGGCAGGAUGAGGAGUAUAUCAAAACGAUUAAAUUCCAAUCCCGUUCGACGACGGCGACCGGUGGAGGCAGCGGCGUUGGCCUGAAGCGCGUCGCCACCGAGGAAAUCAUCGAGGAGAUCAAGCAAGAAGAGGAACCGUCCUCCUCGUCAAUGACCGGUGACGGCCGGCCAGCGGGAGCACCGGGAGGUAACGCUUCGACAGCUGCUGCUGCUGCUGCUCCACCCUCCACAAGCUUUGCCGUCCCGAACAAGGUGAAAAAGUUGGACUCUGCCUUCAGCAUCGGGGUGCGGAAAAGCUCCCUCAGCAACUUGGUCGUGAAGAAGAAGCCGGUGGCGGUGGAGGGGGAAAAGCCCAAGGAAAUCCUGCCGAAACCAGUGCCGGCAGCGGCGGUGGUUGUGACUGAGUCGGCCACAAGUCGAGCAACAGAUUCAACAGCACCAGCAGUUGUGACGCCGGUCAGUGGGUUGGGACUGCUGGGCGCUUACUCGGACAGCGAUAACUCGUCCGGGGAAGGGGAUGAGUGAGUGAGUGCGAAGAGUUUCGGGCAGAGUAAAGGGAGAAAGUUUUCAAUAGAAGGGAUUUUGGACGUUGCACGUAAAUAACGUUGACUGUAAUUAAGGAUUACAUCGGGCUUCAAUAAACUGUGUUUUCG